AUGGACAAUUGUGUACCUACAGCCUUUGGAGGUUAUGAUGACUUGCUGGUAUUUCCGGAUCGCGUUACUGUCUGGUCACAGUUGAAGGGUUUUUCUGGAGAAAAGAAGGCUCUCGCCCUAGCAUCACGAUUGGAAGGGGCUGCAUUUGAUAACUACCGACGCCUGUCGGUGGACGACAAAACAAGUUUUGACGCAAUCGUCGGUUCGCUAAAACGUGAGUUUCUACGUGGCGGAGCAGAUCGCAUGCAGGCAGUCACUGACCUACGACGACGAAAAUGGGCUGUUACUGCAGAAUCUGUUGGUGCGUUUGGUCAUGAUGUUCAACGACUUGUUCGUUUAUCUUACCCUAGUUUUGACGUGGAUUCGGUAACUACAGUGGCUCGAGACGCGUUUUUGAAAGGGUUACCGCAUGAGUUCCAAGUUCAGCUCCGUUUGAGUGGAGAUACAGCUUUAAAAUCAGUGGCAGAAUUACGUGAAGAAGUACAUCGUUUACAGAUAGCAGGUAUCGGUGAGAGAAAACCAAGCGGGACGAUGCCGGCACUUUCACGUGGUUUCAGUCAAUCGUCUGGUUCCAGUCAUUUGUCAAGCGGCGAAGAUACACGAUGUCAUAAUUGCCGAUCAUUAACAUUUGACAGGUCGGCGGAUGCCGAUGGCGUUGGUCAUGUCAGUGCGGUUGAUUCGGCUUCCGGUAGCCGACAGAAGUCUGUUUGGGGUCGCGGUCGCGGUCGACGACGGAAAGACUUUGGAAUGCAGAAAACAUCUGGCCGAUUUUGUUUCAUCUGUGGCGAUCCUAACCAUAUUCGUCCCAAUUGUCCCCAUUUGCACGAUUGUCAUCGGUGUUUACGUCCAGGACAUGUAGCCCGUAAUUGCACGGCACAGGCUCCAGUACAUCGAGGUAGCGGUAAGCAAAGUCACGUUACAAACCUGACAACUAAUGUACACGGUUUCAUAAUGGUGACAGCUAUAAUUGGUAAAGAGAAAUGCCCUUUCCUUGUUGACACGGGAGCUGAUGUGAGUUUAAUAGGCUAUGAUGUCGUUGAGGGAAACAAGUUGGCAAUGACACGGCAGGUCGCCCGCCAACCCGUAAUGAUCGAUGGCACGAUACUUAGAUGUGAAGGUAUGGAAUUCCUUGAGAUAUUGAGAACCGAUGUGUUGUCGUCUCUAGCGGUACAGAUUGAUGUGGCCAAUAAGAAAUUGUGUAUUGACGGAGAUGAAAUAUCGAGUUUCGAGAAGGUUGACACGAUUCAACACUCUGUUCAGCUGGUAAAAUUUGGGCGAGUAUUUGCACCGGUCCACAUGACGAUUCCUCCAGGACAAGAAAUGACUAUAUGGGGUCCAGUUCGUUUCCCCAUACCAACGGAAUGGACAGGUAUUAUUGAGGUAACAGAAGAUUUGUGCGAAAGAUCUGGUUUGUUGGGUUGCGAUACGAUUGCAGUUGGAGGUAAUCAAAAGAGGGUUCUUGUCCGAGUUUGCAAUUUGACGUCUUCUCCUAUAGCAGUGUAUAAGGGACAAAAUAUUGCAGAAUUUUCGGAAGCGGCCGUUGUUAAUAAUCAGAAUGGAAUUAAACGUGGUAAAUCUUCAGAUGUAGGGGGUAAACCUUGGACGGAGGUAACUUUUGGAGACAAGUUGACGCAAGUGGAAAGGCUCAGAAAUGAGGGAAGUGCAAAAGGAAUGGAGCAUACAAUUCCGUUAACAGAUGAUGCUCCUGUGACAUGCCGCCCUCGUAGAUUGCCGACAAAGUGGAGAGCGGAGGUUGCAGAAGAGGUAAGAAAUCUUCACCAACGAGGAGUUAUACGUCCAUCAACGUCUGCGUUUGCUGCAUCAGUAUGUCCGGUACGAAAAAAAGAUGGAACUUUACGUUUGUGCAUUGAUUAUAGAGCUCUAAAUGCGAGAACUAAAGAUACGGCCAUUCCCACGGGAAAUCUAUUAGAAGCUGUUGAAUCUAUGGCUGGAGCACGGUUUUUUUAG